AGAGCCGGAGCGCUCCCACGGAGUGCGUGGAGCUGCGGGGCCGCGUCCCGCCAUGGCCCCCCCGGCAGCCUUCAUCCCCCCCGCCCUCCUCCUCUUCAUCCUCGGCCCUGCCGCCCCCAAGGAAGUUGUCCUGCUGGACUUCGCCAAGGCUCAAGGGGAGCUGGGCUGGCUCACUCAGCCCUAUGGCAAAGGGUGGGACCUGCAGCAGCACGUGCUGAACGACACGGGGAUCUACAUCUACGCGGUGUGCAGCGUGCUGCAGGGCGAGCAGGAGAACUGGCUGCGCACCAACUGGAUCUACCGCAGCGAGGCCCAGCGCAUCUUCAUCGAGCUCAAAUUCACCGUCCGCGACUGCAACAGCUUCCCUGGAGGCGGCGGCUCCUGCAAGGAGACCUUCAACCUCUUCUAUGCUGAAUCUGACGUUGACUACGGCACCAAUUUCCAGAAGCGACAGUUCAAGAAGAUCGACACCAUCGCUCCGGAUGAGAUCACGGUGCAAGAAGACUUUGAGACGCGGAACGUCAAACUCAACGUGGAGGUGCGCUCGGUGGGACCUCUGCACCGGAAAGGUUUCUACCUGGCUUUUCAGGACCUGGGGGCCUGCGUGUCCCUGCUGUCCGUGCGGGUGUACUACAAGACGUGCCCGGCUGUGCUGCGGGGCCUGGCGGUGUUCCCCGAGACGGUGGCGGGCGCUGACUCGCAGCAGCUGGCGAAGGUGCAGGGGGCCUGCGUGGAGAACGCGGUGGCUGACAGGGCGCCGAUGCUGCACUGCAACAUGGAUGGAGAGUGGUUGGUGCCCAUCGAGCAGUGCCAGUGCCAGGCUGGCUACGAGGCAGCAGGAGAGCAAUGUCAAGCUUGUCCCCCCGGGACCUUCAAGGCUGAGGUGUCCCUGAGUGGCUGCCAGCCCUGUCCUGCUCACACGCUACCAUCCUCAGCCGCUGCUGAUGCAUGUCCCUGCCAGGAUGGGUACUUCCGUGCCCCCACCGACCCAGCUGCCAUGCCCUGCACCCGUCCUCCUUCAGCCCCCCGCAGUGUCACAGCUGUUGGGCUGGGGGCCACCGUGCAGCUGCGUUGGUCCCCUCCCAGUGACAAGGGUGGCCGGCAGGAUGUCACCUACAGCAUCACCUGUGAGCAGUGCCUGCCUGAGAGCGGAGAGUGCCAGCCCUGCGAUGGGGGAAUCCGCUACUCACAGCCCCCCCAGGGGCUGGUGGGGACAGGGGUGACGGUCACUGACCUGGAGCCCCAUGUCAACUACACCUUCACCAUCGAAGCUCGAAAUGGGGUCUCAGCUUUCAGCCCGCUCCGCAGCGUGGCCAGCACCAGCAUCAGCGUCAACCACACAGAGCCGCCCCAGGUGACGUCGGUGAGCCUGAACGGACAAACGGCCACCAGCUUGGUCCUCUCCUGGACGGUGCCACCACGACAGCAGAGCUGGGUCUGGAAGUAUGAAGUCACCUACAGCAAGAAGACAGAUGAGAACAGCUACUCGGUGCUGCGCUGCGAGGGCACCUCUGUCACCAUCCCCAAGCUGUCCCCUGGCACCUCCUACGUGGUGCGAGUCCAGGCGCUCACCAAGGAUGGCCAUGGCGCCUUCAGCCUCGAGCAUGAGUUUGAGACAUUACCCGAGGAAGCUGAGUCCAUGGCAUCUGCUGCCGUCAUCAGUGGCUCCGUCACCGGUGUCAUCUUUGUUGUUUUCGUCCUCGCUGCUCUCCUCUACGUCCUCCGGAGGAGGAGGAACUCGCCAUCACGCCAGUCCCCCGAGGAUGUCUACUUCUCCAAGUCCGACCAGCUGAAGCCCCUCAAGACCUACGUUGACCCACACACCUAUGAAGACCCCAACCAAGCCAUGCUCAAGUUCACCACUGAGAUCUCGCCAUCCUCCAUCACCCGCCAGAAGGUCAUCGGCGCUGGAGAAUUCGGGGAGGUCUACAAGGGCACCCUGAAGCAGGGCAAGAAGGAGGUGCCGGUGGCCAUCAAGACACUCAAGGUGGGCUACACGGAGAAGCAGCGUGUGGACUUCCUGAGCGAGGCCAGCAUCAUGGGGCAGUUCUGCCACCACAACAUCAUCCGCCUUGAGGGAGUCGUCUCCAAGCACAAACCCUUCAUGAUUGUCACGGAGUACAUGGAAAACGGCGCGUUGGACAAAUUCCUGCGGGAAAAAGAUGGGCAGUUCUGCGUCAUCCAGCUGGUGGGCAUGCUGCGGGGCAUCGCAGCGGGCAUGAAGUAUUUGGCCAACAUGAACUACGUGCACCGGGACUUGGCUGCACGCAACAUCCUGGUCAACAGCAACCUGGUCUGCAAGGUGUCUGACUUUGGGUUGUCAAGGGUGCUGGAGGAUGACCCCGAAGCCACCUAUACCACCAGUGGUGGGAAGAUCCCAAUCCGCUGGACAGCACCCGAAGCCAUCUCAUACCGCAAGUUCACCUCUGCCAGUGACGUCUGGAGCUAUGGCAUCGUCAUGUGGGAGGUGAUGUCCUACGGCGAGCGCCCAUACUGGGAGCUCUCCAACCACGAGGUGAUGAAAGCCAUCAAUGAAGGCUUCCGCCUGCCCGCCCCCCUGGACUGCCCCUCGGCUGUGUACCAGCUGAUGAUGCAGUGCUGGCAGCAGGAGCGUGCCCGGCGCCCCAAAUUCGCCGACAUCGUCAGCAUCCUCGACAAGCUCGUCCGUGCCCCCGACUCACUCAAGGCACUGGCAGAUUUUGACCCCCGUGUCUCCAUCCGCCUGCCCAGCACCAGCGGCUCCGACGGCGUUCCCUUCCGCUCGGUGCCUGAGUGGCUCGAGUCCAUCAAGAUGCACCAAUACGCUGAGCACUUCGCUGCUGCUGGCUACAGCACCAUCGAGAAAGUGCUGCAGAUGACAAGCGACGACCUCAAGAAGAUCGGGGUGCGCCUGCCCGGCCACAAGAAACGCAUUGCCUACAGCCUGCUGGGGCUGCAGGAGCAGCUCUGCCCUGCCGGCGUCCCCAUCUGACUCCACAUGGGCAAAUGAAGACCCCCGGCAUCCCUCCCACCUUCCACUUUAUUUAUUAUUUUUUGAGGUUGUUGUUGUUGUUGUUAUUAUUAUUAUUAAUAUUAUUCCCCACAGGGGAUUUCACCGCAUCGCCAUCGCUGUCCCGAGGACAAAACAGGUGGAAAACCCCCCCAAAAAUGACAAUUUCAAAUGGGGGAGGCUGUGUUGGGGGGGAAUUUCCCCCCUUUUUUUUUUCUGCAUUUCAGGGAAAAGAAAAACCCCAAAGGGCUGAACCACACAGCUGUGGCACCCAAAUUUCUCCAUUUCUGCCUUUUUCUCCCUUAUUUUCCUCUCCCACUGCUGGUUUGGUUUUUCUCUGCCUUACUGCUGGUAAGCAGCGUUACCUCUAUUUUUUUUUGUCAGUGGUGUUGUUGUUGUUUUUCUAAUUUAUUAUAUUUUUGUAUAUUUAUUGAGAGAAAUCAAAAAGGUCUCAGAUUUCGGAGAGGUAAAAGGAGAGAAGGGAGAGGAAAAAAGAAAAGGAGGGGGAGGGGGCAGGUUUGGGGUUUUUUUUUCCCCCCUUUUUUUAAUGGAUUUUAUGAGCUUUUCAUGAUUUUCACGACAGUGAGUUGGAUUUGAAUAAAACUUUUGUGCUCUUUUUCUA